GUCAUUCGCCACGCAUUCUGACUUGUGUUCGAAAUUACACUUGGAUUUUUACCUCGUACUUCAACCAUAGUUGGUUUAUUCUCAGCAUAACUUUUGACCUUGGCUAAGAGAUUCAAAUACUUUUGAUCCUUUUAGUCCCAUGAAUUCCAUAUAUUCUAUGAAAAUCACUGAUUUGUAAAACGAGUUAAUUAUACAGUUGUGGAAUUUUAAAAUGACUUCCAUAUAGAAGCACACAUUGUGGCCUCGAGACUUCGAACCACAAGUGGUUUUAAAAUAUUGACAGCCUCUAAAACACUCAUUGUGUUUGGUUUUCGAAUGCAAUGGAUCUUUAGUAUUCAUAUAUCAAUACCUAUAGAAAAUUGCCCUUAGAAGUAGAAACAUGUAUUACCUUAAUUGCCUCAACUUUCUACCUACGUACAACGUAUUCAAAUGGCUUAAUGAGCCAAACUAUGUUUGGAAAAUUGUUUUGCUUUGUUGUUCAGCCAACUUCAUUAACGCAGCUGAUCGAGUGAUCAUGCCUAUUGUUAUAAUUCCGAUAUCAAAUCAUUUUGGCUGGAAUCUUCACCAAUAUGGAUUGGUUCUAAGUUCAUUUUCUGUGGGUUACCUUGGAAGUAUGAUUAUAGGUGGGAGUGCAGCAAAACGAUAUGGUGGAAGUCUGAUUCUUGGUUUCGCCGUCGCAUUCUGGUCAUUAUCAUCCCUCCUUACUCCAUUUCUUGCCCAUUCUAUUCACUCUCUGAUAACUCUGCGCAUAUUACUCGGCUUGAGAGAAGGAAUAGGUCUUCCUACGGUAUUCCACAUAUUUUCUUACGUUGUACCUGUUGAAGAACGCAGUCGAGCUUUCAGUUAUAUGGUUGCAUUUGGUGCUAUUGGUCAAACGGUUGCUACCUUGGUUUGCCCUCAUUUAGUUUGGUCUUACUCGUUUUUCAUAUUUGGUUUUAUCGGUCUUGUAUGGAUUUGUUUCUGGAUCCCUGUCUUUAGCGUUAUUAAAAGAGCUGAGUCACGAAAUGAGUUUCCUGUUCAGCAAUCUCAGCCUUUCAAACCGUCUCUUCAUUGGACCGAAUUCAUUUCACACUGGCCAUUAUGGGCAAUUUAUAUCGCUCAUUUUAGUAUGAACUGGUCAAAUUAUAUUGUAAUGCUCUGGUUGCCGACCUACUUAGUACGUUAUUUGGGAGCUACCAAAUAUGUCAUAAUGCUAACAGCUAUACCUUAUGUAUGCAAUUGUAUUGGGAGUGUUAUCGCUGGACGGUUAGCUAAUUAUUUGAUUAAACGGCAGUUCAAUGUACUAACUGUUCGACGCCUAAUGUCAUGUAUUGGUCUUCUUGGUCCUGGUGUGGUACUUUUUUUGUUUUCUCUAUCAAGCAGUAUAACACCAGCUAUUGUGGAACGUUAACAUUCAUUUUCGAGUAGGAUAUGGCGAAACUUAGCGAUGAUGUUAUUCCUUCGAUUACCCAAACAGAAAUGCAAAUUCAUCAAUUAUGGCGUAACUUGUGUUCAAAUCCAUCAUGAGGAAUAAGCGAAUUUUCGCAAUGGUAUAUUUGCACACCAGUAUUUUAAUUGAGGUUUAAUCUGUGUAAAAGCCAAUGAAGCGUGUUUCAUUCAGCAAGUGAAGACGACCAGUCAAAUUCAAGCUGGGCAGAAUGAGUUACUUGUAUUUAUAGGAAAAUCAUCGUUCAUGAGGUUUUGAUGAAGCGUGACGACACGGUAGUUAAAGCAUUCGAUCUGAAAAACUCCAUGAUGGAGAAGUUUCAUUACAAUUCUGACAUUAACAUGCAAUCAUAUGUGUUUAACCGUACAGUCAUUUAGUUUUGAUCGGAGUAUAUGAAUCUGAUACAACAAUAAAAAAUAAGCCUUAUCUCUGUGUCCAUGACACUUUCUGCCUUCAAUUCUGCUGGACAUUUAUGUAACCAUGCAGAGGUUGCACCUAAUCAUGCAGGCACCACAUUUAUCAUAAGCAAUGUUUUAGCUACUAUACCUGGAAUAGUAUGUGGUCCACUAACUGCCGAAUUAGUUAUCACAUCUGGUGGACGGUGGUUUCCUGUAUUCAUACUAGCUUGUUUUAUAAAUGUAGUUGGUGCUGUUGUGUACAUUAGCCAGAGUUCUACGACACAAGUAUUGUAAUCAUACGAACAGUGUGUACAGUUGUUCAUGUACAUUCACCAUUUUAUUCUUUAAGCUUUGUCUUUGUUAAUCGAACUUUUUUGAUUGUCUUCUCGUUUCACUUACUUUAUUUCAGCAUGUUACUAAACAAAUAUAUUUGCUCUACCUAGUUUUGUUUCAAUAAUAAUAGUACAGGUGAUUAAUUACUAGAGAAGAAUAAUGCUUAUUUUGUAUUUUUGACGUUUUAUAAAAUACUAGUUAAAAUUUUCAGUUGUUCUAGGCAAUUAUCCCACCGUAGUCAAAAUACGUAUAUUUAAUUCUUUACAAUUUACGACCAAUCACCAACAAUUCUUAAUCAUAUUCAUGAUAUAUCAUGGUCGUAAUAUGUGCACUCACCUUAAUCAUUGACGAGAUUCGUUGUCAAAUUUACGUAUCAAUUACACACUAUAUUCAUUAAGAUACAGACAAGAUUUAUCGACCAGAUUCUUUCUGGUGAAACUGAUAACCUUUAUAAGAAAUCACAAUGCUUUUUGGAAAUUAGUUAAUCAGUGAACCACUU